AUGUGGAUCAAUCCCCUAGAUCCCCGGGGGAUGUUGACGGCCCUGCUUUUGAUCGCCCCCGUCUCCGCUCACGGUGGUCAUGAUAAUAUCCCCGAAGGUGCUGCCAUCUCGGAGGAUCCCAUUGAUUCGACGUUAUGGGCUCAUAUUAUUUUGAUGGGUUUUGCCUUUGGGAUUAUCUUCCCGUUAGGUAUGGUCCUCGGGAUCGUCCGCUCCCGGUGGCAUGUCCCUCUUCAAAUUGUCGGAACGGUGAUCGCAGUGGUGGCGUACUUUUUGGGUCACGCACAUAAGGGCCGACAGUUUUCGAAGAACAUCCAUGCGUCGUUCGCAAACUCCCUGAUGCUCAUGAUGGUUGUGCAAAUCGUACUGGGAUUUUAUCUCAAGCUGCACUUGUCCAAGGGGAUUCACGGACGCAUCCGCCGCUAUAUCGUUGCUGCACAUGGGGUCAUGGGCAAGGCAAUGCCCCUCGUGAGCUGGAUUCAGAUGGUGUUCGGAGGGAUUACAUCCAUGGGCUUCUGCAGGGAUGAUCAUCUGGGACAGUGUCUAGCCCAUUUCAUCAUGGGCAGCGCCUUCAUCGCCUACGGAAUAUUGCUUACCAUCCUCCUCCUGGUGGGCCAGUUUUGGUUGCGCCGCACCGGCCGGAGCCAGGAGUUCUUCGACUCCCUGGUGAUCGCCGCCUGGGGAUGUGUCAAUACUUUUACCGAACAUCGAUGGGGUCAGCCUUGGGUCCAUAACGACCUGCAGCACACCACUAUGGGCAUUGUCUGGUGGUGCGCCGGACUUCUGGGGAUUUGGUUGAGUCGCAGUCGGGACGGUCGCCCCAAGCGGAACUUGAUCCCAGCCAUUGUCAUUAUUCUUACGGGCUAUGCCAUGUCGGCUCAUCCGCAGCAUUUGCCAAUCAGCACGAUGGUCCAUACCAUUUUUGGGUAUACGCUGAUGGCGGCCGGUGGCACGAGGAUCAUCGAGAUUUCUUUCGUAUUGAGGGACCGGUCCACCGUCAGCUCGGAUGGCUUGGAUCCCAAUAGCUUCCAAUAUUUGACCCCUUUUCUCUUGUAUGCCUCGGGAUUUCUAUUCAUGGGUGCCACGGAAGAACAGAUGCACUUGCUACAUGAAGCGGAAAUUACACAUGUGUCCUAUGUUCUGAUAUUGUACAGCAUCGCCUUCAUACUCUUCCUCUUUGUCAAUGUGCUUCUCCACGUUUACGCUGUUCACGCGUGGCCCGAAUCUACGAAGGCAUCCCGCUCUCGUAGUGAUGAAGAUGAGGAUGUCGGCCGAGGCCCAUCUCGUUCCAAGGUCCAGCGUUCUCAAGCAUCCCUUCCGCGUCCAACUGUGAACGGUCAUGCCCGCUCGCACUCGGAUGCUCAGCGUAUCCGUGACGCCGAGGCAUACGAGCUACAGGGUCUCAUAUCCGACGAGGAAGAAGACGACAAAUUAAACGGCGAUGAGCGACAUUCCAUGGCUCCCCGAAAAGUUGAAGACGAGGAAACUUCCCCAUUGGUUGGGAAGGGUUCGUCAACCUGA